UCAAAUUUGGACAAAUUUAUUAAUAAAAGAAAAUCCUUGUCGACUAAUGUUGAUCUGGUUCUGCUCAAUAAUGUAAUAUUGAUUAUUUCUAAUGACUAAUGACUUCUAAUGGCUGAUGUCCCAAAAUACUAGCUGCUCGCAAGUUCAGAAAGAAUGGAUUCGUGUCAAUUGUCAGCCAGAUAUAUGCAGUUGUUUACCGUGUGGUGAUUUCGACGAUAGCGCCGUUAAAAAAACAACUAAUCAAGUUUCCGUUGACAAAAAAAAUAUUAUAGUUAAAAACACUAAUGAUAAGCUGAGAUAUUUUUUCAGUGAGCUAGGAAAUAUUUUUCAAGAUAAAAUCCAGAAUAACAAAAAAGAAAAAGUUGACGACUUACUUAGAUACUUAUAUAAAAUUUACUCAAGCUUACAGCAAAACAAUCGAAGUAAAUUUUUCGUCGAUCAAAAAGGAGGGUGGAAAAUCAACAGAAGAAAUCAAGUUAAUGAACAUAAAACAACCGAAAGUUUACAAUUAAAAAAUAAAUGAUGAAAAGCAGACGUGACCACGUAAAGUCAAAAAAAAAAAAAAAAUUAAAUGGAGUGAAAAGCCCUCAUUAAAUUUUUAUACUUUAUUAACAUGAAACAUGGUACCUUCACGUGUAUUCAUAUUAAAGUUAAGACUUUAGCCAAGAGAAUGAUUACGUUUUUUUUAGGAAAGAUUUGGUUUCAAGCUUAACUCUAAACUAACCUAAAAAUUUUUAAAAAUUUAAAUUUAAUAAAACGGAAUAAAAUUUAAAAAUUUUGAUUUAAGUCCGUGAGUAUAUUCAUCUUUUAUUUAUUUAAAUACACUGUAACUUCAAUGAUAGAGAAUGUAAAAUCCUAAAUGUAUCUUUGAUAAAGCAAAAAAUUUUGAAGGCAACUCGAAUUCAACCAUAUAUACUGAAGGCGCCCAAUAAAAAAGCGUUUUGUUUUCAAGUUUUUUCUUAUUAUUGAAAACAAAUAUUUUUUGAUAAAAAAAGCUUUUUUAUAUAUUUUAUGAAAAGAUGUGGAAUACUAAGAUAAUUACACAAACUUUGUACUCAUUUUAAAUAAAAUAGUUAUAUAAUAUAUAUUUAUUUUAUGAAAUAA